AAGACACACGUUGGCCACACCCCUUGCUAACGCUCAAGAAGGUGUCCAACGCGAUGAACAAAAUAAAUUCGAGCUCGUAUCAGACAAAAAAUCUACUAGAUCAACUAAAGAAAACAAAAAGAAAGCCUCCAAAGAUACUAAAAUUAGCAAGAAAUUAUUAAAAGAAUAUUUACAUGCUAUUAAGAA